CACAUCAGUCUCGGUCUGUUUGGAUCUGACUGUUACUCAGUUAGCAACUAGCACAACAGCGUGUGUGUGUGUGUGUGUGUCGCUCACUCAGAGCGUCUGUGGCUCACUCAGAUCCUGUAAAUAUGUUUAUCUCACGUUUAGUCGGAAGUCUGCACCAGCGAAUCUCCGGCGUCACCUGGAUUCUCGCGUCUGACGCCUUCUCGCGAUAGAGCAGUAGAUAAGGCUCCUUAGUAUCCGUAUAACUGUCACAUUGCUCACAAUACAGCGACUCGACGCUCCGCUCUGUUAGACGUUAGAGCAGCAGCAGGAAUCAGCCGUGAAGUUUCCUGGUCGCGGGGCUAUUUUCAGGACUUGACCAACCAGAUCCAGCUCUUUCUGUGGAAUAAGAGAAGAUGUCCCUGUCUGGCUGGGUGUGUUUAGUAACAGGUGCCUCCAGGGGUAUUGGCAGGGGAAUAGCGCUCCAGCUUUCGGAGGCAGGAGCCACCGUCUACAUCACCGGACGCCAGGAGAAAAAUUUGAAUGACACAGCUGCAGAGGUGAAGGAGAGGGGUGGGAACUGUGUGCCCGUUGUCUGUGAUUCUACAAAUGAUGAAGACAUUGAAGAACUGUUCAAACGGAUCAAACGUGAACAGAACGGCAGGCUGGAUAUCCUGGUUAACAAUGCCUAUGCAGGAGUAUAUGCUAUUUUCAACAAUAUGGACAAGAAGUUCUGGGAAAUUGAUCCAUCAAUUUGGGAUUCCAUCAACAACACAGGCCUCAGGGGCCACUAUAUCUUCUCUGUGUAUGCGUCUCGGUUGAUGGUGGCUCAGGGUCGAGGUUUGAUAGUCAACAUUUCAUCUAUGGGAGGGCUGCGGUACCUCUUCAAUGUGCCAUAUGGAGUUGGUAAAGCUGCGUGUGACAGGAUGGCAGCUGACAUGGCUGUUGAGCUGAAAAGUAGUGGAGUGGUUGCAGUCAGCCUGUGGCCGGGGGCAGUACAAACAGAGCUGGUGUCUCAGUUCAUACAGGACACCGAUACACCACCCGGAUUAAAUUCUAAUUUUAAAGACGUAUUUGCCGAAGGAGAAACCACAGAACUGAGUGGGAAGUGCAUUGUCAACCUGGCAAAAGAUAAAAAUCUGAUGUCGCUGACUGGGAAAGUUCUGAUGAAUUGUGACCUGGCAAGGCGCUAUGGGCUAAAAGAUGUUGACGGACGGAAUGUAACUGAUUACACAUCCCUAAAAUUCCUCCUGAGCCAGGCCUCGUACUUCUCCUGGCUCUCAGUUGUUGUCCCCUCAUUCCUUCGUGUGCCACGCUUUGUGCUCAACAUGGCAAAUGGCCGGUUCUAAACAUUUCCUGUGUCAGUACUGAAGUGGCAGUACUGAUAGUGUAAACCUAUAAACGCCUUGCUAAAGUUUAUGGAUCAGAAUGAUUACUGAUUGCUUAUUGGUGCCCAGACAUUUAGACUGACCAAACUCCUUGUGAAUGUGUGUGUGUAUAUAUACAAAGUUUUUUGAAGGAAUACUGUUUGAAUCACUAUAUCUGUCUAUUCUAACUUGGUGAGCGCUUAAUGAAUAUGAUUCUAUGAAGUAAACAUGAAUAAUACAUUGGCAUCUUUUCUGUAUUUUAACACUAAUGUCAGCUGUGAGUGAAGCCACAGUGUGAAAAUAUGAAUUAUUAUUACAUGUAGUGUCAUGUUUCAGUAGUAUAGAAAGUGUAUAACAUCUAAAGCUUGAUAUUACAAAUUUUAGAAACAUAAUUACAGAUUUUUGCACCUAUUUUUACUUUUAUUUGUUAUAUUUCUAUUAAACGCAUAUACCUGCAGCACUACAGCUACUAUUACUGUAUUUGACUGGCAAAUAACAACUGGUUAAAAAAAAGAAUGUUAAUUGCUUCUGUUUACACUUUUCAUUCCUUUCUGCAAAGUAAGCAUAACAAAGAUAUGUACUUUAAUAAAGUGGAAUCCCUUGAGAAAUUCUUGUUAUUCUAAUAUUUAGCAUUAACAGUGUAUUAUACAUGCUACCUGUGACUGAGAUGGAAAUGACUAAAAUACAACUGCCUUAUUUUCAGUGACAGAACAUCAUGUCUGAAGCUGAUCUGAAUUCAGUGUAUUGCUCAAGGUCACACAGUAUCGCUGAAACGCUUCUGAUCGUACACUUCUGUCUUGUUACAGUACAAAGAAAAAUCUAACAGGCUAUAAACUGUUUCUUGUGUAUCAGUGCAUCUAAACCUCUUUGAGUCUUAAUUUUGGUGACACUUACGGCAUUGAUACAGGGCCACUAGAAGUACUGAGUUUCCCCUAACACAAUUUAAAAUUCUUUGGAUUUUUCUUUUUGCUUAAAUGCUCAAUUAAGGGUUGAAAUUUAUUUUUUGUAAGUUUCAAUUCCUAAAAUUAAGGUCUACAUGUUGUUUGACAGCCUUCUCCAUACUGAUAGCAAUAAAUUUAUAGU